AUGCUACUCGUCGCACUCCUCGCACUCGCUGCCGUGCACACGGCGGCCGCGAUGGGCGUCGUCGGCAUCGACUACGGCACCGAGUCGACGAAGAUCUCGCUCGUCAAGCCGGGCAUGCCCUUCGACGUCGUCCUCUCGCGCGACUCGAAGCGCAAGGUGCCGUCGGCCGUGGCGUGGAAGAUGCAGGAGCGCCUGCACGGCUCCGACGCCACGAGCCUGGCCACGCGCUUUCCCGGCGACACGUUCGUCGCCGCCAAGCUGCUCAUGGGCCGCAGCUUCGACGAUGCCAACGCGCCGGCGCGCGAGCGCGUCGCAGGCCUGCUCAACACCGAGCUCUUCGCCUCGCAGCGCGGCACUUGUGAGGCUCGCCGCGCCACCGACUACACGACCGACAAGUCGGGCGCAGACACGUACACCGUCGAGGAGCUCGUCGGCGCGCAGCUCAGCCACGCCCGCACGCUGGCAGAGGAGACGGCCGGCGAGGAGUUCCGCCGCAGCUACCCGGGCAGCGUUGGCAACUUCGGCGGCCUCGACGUGGUCAUCACGGUGCCCGUCUUCUGGACUGCCGCUGAGCGCCAGUCGAUGAUGGAUGCGGCAGAGAUUGCUGGCUUUAAGCCAAGGCUCGUGAGCGAUGGCGCAGCAGUCGGCGUCAACUAUGCACAGUCAAGAACGUUCGCCACGCCGGAGCGCCAUCUCUUCUACGACGCCGGCGCGGGCUCCACGCGCGCAACCAUCGUCGAGUUCAGCACCAAGACCGUGCAGGCAGAGAGCGUCAUCUCCAUCGGCUCGAUGCAGAAGGAGGCAGUUGUGGUGGACGUGCUCAGCGCGGGCUGGAACCGCGAGGCCAGCGGCCUGGCACUGGACCUACUCAUCCGCGACGUCCUGGCCGACAAGUUCACGGAGGGCCACGCCGCCAAGCUCUCGAAGCCAGUGCGCGAGCAGCCGCGUGCCAUGGCGCGCCUGCUCAAGGAGGCCAACCGCGUCAAGCACAUCCUCAGCGCAAACGCCGAGGCCAGCGUCAACAUCGAGGGCCUGGCAGACGACAUCGACUUCCGCUCGCGGCUCUCGCGUGAGGACUUCGAGGCGCUCGUCGAGAAGGCCGGCCUCACGUCCGCGUUCGGCGAGCCAGUGGCCGAGGCGCUGCGCAACGCCAAGAUGAAGAUUGGCGACCUGACGUCCGUCGUGCUCGUUGGUGGCAUGUCGCGCGUGCCGCUCGUGCAGGCUGCGCUGCGCGCUGCAGGCGUGCCGGACUCGAAGGUUGCGCAGAACGUCAAUGCCGACGAGGCGGCCGUGAUGGGUGCGGCCUUCUACGGCGCCGAGUUCAACCCGCAGUUCCGCAUGAAGUCUAUCCGCGCCCACGACGGCAACGCGUACCCGGUCGUGCUGCGCGAGAAGGGCGGCAAGGACGAGGUCAUCUUCCCGCAGGGCCCCUUCCUACAGGAGCGCCACGAGCGCAAGUACAAGGACGUGCACGAGGACUUCUCCUUCGAGGUCGCCUACGCGCCCUCGUCCAAGUCGAAGCUCGACACGUUCGCGCCGGAGCUGUACCGCAUCGAGCUUGUGGAGAUCCACAACCACCUCGCUGGCCUCAAGGAGCGCGGCGAGAUCGAGCAGGUCGACAUCGACCUCAACGUAACGCUCGUUACGCAGCCGCUGGGCAUCUACAGCGUCGAGAGCGCCUGGCUCAACGUCAAGCAGAAGCCGACGAGCAUCGCUGGUGCUCUGCGCUCCUUCUUCAACGUCGGCGCCCAGCGCAGCGAGGCCGCCAACGCCAGCGAGCCCACCGUCGUGGUGAACGCCACGGACGACAAGAACGCGACGGCCGCCGCGAAGCCCAAGAAGGCCAAGAAGCCGACGCCGACGGACCGCUCCAUCCGCAUUGUCGGCCGCGCCGUGUCGGUGGGCAGCAACCGGCCGAUGUCGGGCUCGGAGCUGAAGACGGCCAAGGACCGCCUGUACGUCGCCAACGUCGAGAUGCGCCGGCGUGCGGCCAAGGAGGAGGCGCGCAACGUGCUCGAGGCCUACAUCUACCGCGCGCGCGACAUUGUGCACGAUGAGAACUUCGGCGCCGCGAGCAAGCGCAAGGAGCGCGACGACAUUGCCGCCAAGGCCGAGGAGCUCAGCGAGUGGCUCAACGAGCGCGAGGCCGAGCUGGCGCCGACGGACAAGCUGAAGUCGAAGCUGGCCAGCCUGCAGGCGCUCGUGUCGCCCGUCGAGAAGCGCAUGGCCGAGCAGAGCGGCCGGGGUGCAGCAGUGCGCCGCUUCACCAAGGCACUGGAGGAGACGCGCGCAUUCGUCGUGCAGGCGCGCGCCAACCUCUCCGAGGCGCUGGCCGCCGGCACGGGAAGCAAGUACAGCACGGCCGAGCUCGACACGCUCAACGGCAACGUGGAGCGCGACGACAAGUGGUACCGCGAGGGCGAGGCGAAGCAGGCGCGCAAGAAGGCCGACGAGGACCCGGUGUUCAAGGUCGACGAGCUGGACAAGCGCGUCAAGAAGCUGCGCGACACGGUCAAGCGCCUCGCGUCGCGCCGCAUCCCCAAGACGCGGCCGCCGAAGAAGAGCAAGGAGGCAAAAUCGAGCAGCUCGGCGACGAGCGAGAGCGCCACGGCCUCGCCGGCGGCAUCGGACGCGCCGCCGAAGCACGAGGAGCUGUAG